AUGGUGGUGCCAGACAGCGUCAUCUGGUGGCUUCCCACCUUACAGCCUGGAGAAACUCCCACAUUGACCCAUGAGACAUUCAAAGCACUGAAGCCAGGUCUUUCUGCUUAUGCUGAUGAUGUUGAAAAGAGCACUUCAGGAAUUCAGGAAUUACUGGAUGUUGCUAAACAAGACGUUCCUUUUGACUUCUGGAAGGCCACCCCCUUGGUCCUCAAGGCCACAGCUGGUUUACGUCUUUUACCUGGAGAAAAGGCUCAAAAGUUACUGCAAAAGGUGAAAGAAGUGUUUAAGGCAUCGCCCUUCCUUGUAGGAGAUGACUGUGUUUCCAUCAUGAACGGAACAGAUGAAGGCGUUUCAGCGUGGAUCACUGUCAACUUCCUAACAGUUUAUCUGUUUAUUUCAGCUGAGGAUGGAAAGGAGUUGGUCAGCCCUUGUUUGUCUCCAGGUUUCACAGGAGAGUGGGAACAUGCUGAAAUAACAUACAGAAUUUCAGGACAGAAGGCAGCAGCAAACCUGCACAAGCUGUGUGCCAGCAGAGUAUCGGAAAUCCUUCGAAACAAAGUGCACAGAACGGAAGAAGUGAAGGAUGUGGAUUUUUAUGCUUUUUCCUACUAUUACGACCUUGCAGCAAAUGUUGGCCUCAUAGAUGUGGAGAAGGGAGGCAGCCUCGUCGUAGGAGACUUUGAUAUCGCAGCCAAGUAUGUGUGCCGGACGGCAGAGACCCGGCCGCAGGGCAACCCCUUUCUGUGCAUGGACCUCACCUACAUCAGCCUCCUGCUCCAAGAGUUUGGCUUCCCAGAGAACAAAGUGCUAAAGCUGACUCGGAAAAUCAACAAUGUUGAGACCAGCUGGGCUCUGGGGGCCAUUUUUCAUUACAUCGACUCCCUGAGCAGACAGAAGAGUCCAGCUUUGUAGCAGCCAAGCCGCCCCUGCCAUCCUCACAGAAACAGCUCCGUCUCCACGGGAACAGACCUUCGUGAGAAUAGACCUUUGUGGAACCCCUUGAAAUGUUGGGAGGAAGCCCGUGCUUAGGCUGCCACCCUUCUCCCUUUGGCAUUGCAGACCUGCCCCUGGACAGACAGAGGGCUGCAGCGUGACCCAGGCCCAGCGCCUCCUGCCUUGGCCCCACGUGGACAGUGAACCAGACAGGGCAAAGGAUACAUGCCAGGGCUGGGGUGAUGCAGCCACGCCAUCCCCGACCUGCCCCUGUCUGCAGGGUUGGAGUGGUUAUAACGUGUGUCUCUUUGAGGGGAGUCUUGUUUAUCUCCCUGCCUCUGUCCGGUCCCUCCUCCCAUCCCCAGAGCAGACCUUCACCUUGUCCCCAGAGACUCGGCGGGGAGGUUGUACAGGCCCCUCUGGCUUCUCUCAGGGUGGGCCAGGUGGCAACCAUCGUGCCCUCUGGGACAGGGGGUCUGGCAGAUUUGAACGUGUUUGCCGCCUUCUAGGAUGUGGAUGUGUGAGGUCAUCCAGAGGUCUGUUGUUUCAGGUUCUUAGAUGGCGUGGAGCUAACCGACAGAGUUGGCCCUUUGAAUAGGAAGAGGGGCUGGGGGAAAUACCUCUCCUGCACCCCAGCCUUACAGAGGAGGUCUGAAUGUGAGCUUGAACUGCUUAUAAUAUUUAUGGCUGUGCUGUGUGAGUGACGUCUCCGUCGUGUGGUGCUGAGUGUUUGUGUGGCAGCAGUGUUCUGAGCCCCAGUGGAUACAUCGCUGCCGUGAGCCGUUUGCAGCUGAGCAGUAUUGAAGACGCACACCACCUCCUGUGCGUCAGGCAGGCUGCAGUCCCUGCAACCGUCUUCUGGCUCUGCUGGGGUGCAGGGCCAUGCCCAUCCCCUGGGGGCUCCACAGGACACGGGCCCAGACUCCUGCACUGGGGUGUGAGCUCUGUGAGACCUGGGCCCCAGGGUCACAGUCGUUCCCGGCGGUAAAUGUGUGGUACAUGGAAUAAGCUAAACAUCAUGUGUUCCACUCAAAAUAAAGGAUUUACAAGGG